AUGUGUAAAUCCAAGAUCAACCAACAACUCAAUCCUGAUGACCUCAGCAAAGUACAGUCCUUCAACGACCACACCGCCCAACUCGCCUUUCAGUCCACCAAACUCAAGCAAAUUAGGAAGUUCGACCAAUUACGUUCACGCAAGCGCAUCUGCACCAACGACCCUCCAACGACUCAACCAAUUAAGGACACAGUAGUCAACCUCAGUCAACACAGACUCUCCCAAGCCGAACACAAGGUUCUAUCCCUAGGACUCAACUUCGCCGUAGCCCCCAAGAAGAUACCAUUCUCCAACAUCGUGCAACAAGUAGAACCCAAGCUCCGUUUCCUCUCCAAAGCUGCUGCUAACGACAUCCGACUCAAAAUUACCAACGCUCUCGCCGAAGCUAAGCCACCCAAACCCAACCUAUCUAAAGAAGAAAGAUCCGCUAUUCAAGACCUCCGCAAGAACCAAUCCAUCCACAUCCUACAAGCAGACAAGGGAAACGCCACCGUCGUCAUGGACCAAGAUACAUACGAAGAUAAGAUCUGCGACCUACUCAAAGAUAAGGAAACCUACUCCAAACUCAAGAGGGACCCAACCCCGGCCAACGAAAGGAAGAUCAACCAACAACUUUUAACCCUACACAGAUCCGACAUACUACCCAAGGCACUCUACUUUCAACUCAGAUCCUCGUCAGCUAAGUCACCCAUCCUCUUCGGACAGCCCAAGAUUCAUAAGCCGCUUAUCCCUCUCCGCCCUAUCAUCUCUACCCGAGGAUCAUCCUGCUACAACACUGCACGUCAUCUCGCCAAUAUUCUACAACCACUCGUAGGCCAAUCCCAGCACCACGUCACGAACUCUAAGCACUUCAUCGACAUCCUCUCCAAAACCAAGAUCCAGCCAUCCGACACACUCGUCAGCUUCGAUGUCACCUCUCUAUUUACCAACGUUCCUGUAGACCAAGCAUGCGACAUCAUCAAACAACGCCUCAUCUCAGACCCAGACCUCGAAUCUAGGACCAAGCUCACACCUGACCAGAUCCACGACCUCCUUCUCACCUGCCUCCACUCCAACUCUUUCAAGUGGCGCAGCAACUUCUAUAAACAACUUCAAGGAGCAGCCAUGGGAUCUCCACUCUCACCAAUCAUCGCCAACAUCUUCAUGGAACACCUCGAGCACCAAGCACUCAAGUCCGCCGACAAGUCUCCUUCACUCUGGCUACGCUACGUCAACGACACCUUCGUCAUCUGGCCACACAGCACACCAGACCUCCACCAUUUCCUCGACCACAUCAACAACCAACACCCCAGCAUUAAGUUCACCAUGGAGACCGAACACGACAACUCAAUCCCUUUCCUAGACGUACUCAUCACUAAGACACCAUCAGGAUUCCCCUCGCACCAAGUAUACCGGAAACCAACCCACACAGACCGCUACCUCAACUUCCGAUCUCACCACCAUCCAUCAGUCCACCAAUCAGUCUCCAACUCACUCAUCAGACGAGCCCACCAACUUAGUGAUAAAGCACAUCUCCAGCAAGAACUCAAGCACAUCACGCACGCACUUACUUCCAUCAACCAGUACCCAAGAAGGAAAAUCAACACCCGAGCUCCCUACCACAAGACCAGCACCACCGGAACCCAACCUGAUACUAAGCCCACCGCCACCAUCGCACUUCCCUACAUCGGCAAGACAUCACACCGACUACAACGCAUCCUCCGCUCAGCCAACAUCCUCGUCAGACACCAAUCCAACCACAAGCUUUACUCCACUCUUCACUCUCACAAGGACAAGCACCCAUCCAACAAACAACCAGGCGUCUACAAGAUUCCCUGCGAUUGCGGCAAAGUCUACAUUGGAGAAACCGGCCGCGAUUUCGACACCCGACUAAAAGAACACAAGACCCACCACCGACGCAGCGACUGGGACAAGUCAGCCAUCGUCAAGCACGCACAACAAGAGCUCCACCACAUUCACUGGGAUAAAAGUCACCUCAUCACCCCCAUCCGACAUUGGCACACCCGAAGAGUCCGAGAAGCCAUCGAGAUCCACCAACACAACACCGUACCCCAAGACCCAGGCCUUCACAUCAACAGUAUCUGGCACCCAAUCCUCCCUCACCAUCCUACUUCCGACCAAUCUUCAACCAACUCCACAACCAACACGCUAACCACCAACACUUCACCAAUCCAUCCAUCCGUUAGCCCGGACACCACCUACAACCACCCAACCACACCCACUCAAUCAAGCACCACACGUUCUCAACUAGCCACUUCACCCACACAAGCACCGCCCACGCCCACACCUCGCUACAACCUACGCCAACGCCGAAACCGCCGACCAACACACACAGACCGACACCACUAAUAGCCAUCCUCACCGCCGAUCGAUACACCCACUCAACGACCGACACAACCCCCCCGCUACCCCGCCGACACCCACCACACGACGUCCGCAUAGCCGCCGCCCACUCGUUUCCCGCCAAUUCACACAACCGCGCGCCACCACCGACAGCUGCCUGCCAACCUGCCGAGCCCGCCGGCCCAGUGCUUUCCCCCAAGUCCGCAUCCACGCCAUAAGAACCGCCGCACGCCUAGCGAACACUCACUCCUGAAGACGGACAGUCAACCUGUCCGAAACGUCGAGUCUACUCUCCUGCUCCUG